UGCAAAAAGCAAAUUACGAAUUUUAGAUAUGUAUUUUAAAUUUGCCGGGUUAUUUCACGUGUGUAUGUGACAAAAUCAUAUGGUAAUGGUAUUAAUAUACAUACUUCAUUUUCAUUUAUCUUAUCAAUAAAGAAAAAAAACAACCAACAAGGGUUUUUCUGCAUUUAUUAUGUCAAAAUAUUUAUACUUAAUAUUAACAGUUCAUCAUUCAUGUCGGUGUUGUCUUUAAGUAGUAGUUGUGCUAGGAGUAGGCAUUUGGAUUAGGAUAGUAGGACAAAAUGACAACACAUAAAGAUGAAGUUAAGCGAGAUAUCACAGACAUGGCUAUGGGCGGACUGGCAGCGAUGUUUGCAACUAUAUUUACAAACCCAAUAGAAGUUGUCAAGACUCGGCUUCAAUUGCAAGGGGAGCUUGUAUCCAAGGGCAAGCAUGCUGUGUAUUAUAAGAAUGUACCACAUGGAUUAUAUGUCAUUGCUAGAACAGAAGGAGUUAUAGCUUUACAAAGUGGACUACCAGCCAUGUUGGGAUUUCAAUUCUUUUUGAAUACAUUUAGAUUAGGAGUCUACCGUAUAUGUGAAAGGAGAGGUCUAAUUACAAAUUCAGAUGGUCACACAUCAUUAGUCCGUGGAGCACUUGCAGCAGGCAUUGGGGGCGGCAUGGGGUCAAUUGCUGGAACUCCUUUCUUUCUAGUAAAAACCAGAUUACAGGCACAAGCUUCUAAGAAGAUUGCUGUUGGACAUCAACAUCAGCACAGUGGCACUUGGAAUGCAUUAACACAUAUAUUUCACCGAGAAGGGGUAAAAGGUCUAUUUCGCGGUGUGGGCCCUCAAAUUCCCCGUGGUGCAGUAGGUAGUAGUUCGCAAAUGAUCAGCUUUGCAUAUGCAAAAGAAUGGUUAAAGGAUCAUAACUUAUGCAAGUCACCACUACUUCUAUCAUUUAUGGGUGCGAAUCUGGGUGGCAUUGUUAUGACGCUUUGUUUAAACCCUUUUGAUGUGAUGGCCACUAGACUUUCCAAUCAACUGGAUGCCCAAAACCGCGGUACAUUAUAUAAAGGUAUGGGAGAUUGCUUCAUUAAAAUACUUAAAUCUGAAGGGGCUGGAGCAUUCUAUAAGGGCAUUGAAGCAAAUUAUAUGAGACUUGGCCCACACACAGUGCUUUUAUUGGUUUGUUGGGACCAACUUAAAAUAUUAGAAGAAUGCAUAAGAUGAUAUUGGAUGAAGAUAAUGUUUAUUUUGUUAACUAAUUUUAAGAUUGACGAAACUUUCUAAGCUAUAUAUACAUAUAAGUUUUUUAAAAUAACCUAAUUAAAAGUACAUUAUAUUUUAAAGGCUAGAGACCAUUAAAAUAGCAUGUUGUAUUUUGACUAUCAAUACUUGUGAUAAUUUUU